AUGGCGUUCGACGAGGGCCGCGUGUACACCAGCUAUGGCGACGACGACAUGCUCGGCGGCGGCGACGAGGCCGGCGGGCGCCGCGACCCCGGGCGGGUGGUGCGGGCGUUCAAAGAGUUUAUCAAGACCCACUUCACCCACGACCGCCGCGAGGUCGAGGACCCCCUCCUCUACAGGCAGUCGCUGAACAAGGACCCGAGCAGCCUGCUGGUGGACCUGGUGCACGUGCGGCUGCACGACGCGGCGCUGGGCGCCGACCUGGAGGCGCGCCCCGCGGAGCUGCUGCCGCUGUUUGAGCGGGCGUGCAAGGAGGUUCUGCGGGAGGACCACCAGCUGGGGCCGGACGGGGAGCAGAGGGAGUUUGCUGACGUGCAGGUGAUGCUGUACAGCAGCGAGGCCUUUGGGCCAGGCGGCGUGCGCGACCUGUCGAGCGAGCGCGUGACUAAGCUGGUGCAGCUGCCCGGCAUCGUCACCAGCGCCGCGAAGCCCAAGCACAAGGCCACGUACAUCAAGGUGCAGUGCAAGGAGUGCCGCGCGGUGGAGACGGUCCCCUGCCGCCCCGGCCUCGGCGGCGCGCUCAUCCCCAAGCAGUGCAUGGCGCAGGCCGGCGGCGGCGGCCCCAACGGCAAGUGCGCAUACAACAGCUUUGUUGUGCUGGGGGACAGGUCAAAGUUUGUUGACCAGCAGACGCUCAAGCUGCAGGAGCGCCCCGAGGACGUGCCCACGGGGGAGCUGCCGCGCACGCUGCUGAUGGUGGCGGACCGCCACCUGGUGGGGCGCGUCAGCCCGGGGACGCGCGUGAGGGUCACCGGCAUCUACUGCACCCACAGGAGCCAGAGCCCACCCAGCUGCUGA